AUCGAGGGGCGUGAAAGUGCAGACAAAAAAAGAAAAAAAUAUUAGCAGAACAAAAAUAAAUUAAUUCAAGUGAUUCGUCCCACAAAAGUCAACAAAAAGUGCAAUAUUCGUGUAGCUAAGUUACCAAAUUAUGCUAAGAACUCAAAUAUAAUGCUAUAAUUAGUGAAUUCGUGAUAAUAUUAUUUAAAAAAUAUUUCAAGUGAUUGGAAAAUUUUGGACAUUAUGAAUAAUUUUUAUGAUAUUUGAAUUGGUAUCGAUUGUAUUGUCUAUACUUUUUAUUGUGCAUUAUCUGUAUUACAUCAUUACGUCGCUAAUUAACGAUUUUAGACCAAACAUGCAGUCAGAAGACGCAAAAUUCAUUAAAAAACGUUUUAAAGGGGGAAUGAUUGAACCUCAUCCAACUGAGCCCUCAAUUAUUGUCAAUUAUAAACUUGAAGCGGCUGUUUAUGGCGAUAAAGAUGUCUCGGAUCCAAUGCUGGCUGAUAAAAAGGAUUGUCAGCGAAUCAUUCGACUUAAAACAUUAAAUACUAAAACAGAUGUAGCUGCUUUGGCCAGAGAAGUUGUCGAUAAAUGCGAUUUAAUACAUAAAUCUCAGCUAUCAGACGUUGAACAAAUAAUCUAUUUCCUCAAAAACCGUAAAGUCUCGAGGGAUUCUGGUGUAUCUAGCUUAAAAUCUGCCUCGGUUCGUUCAAAAUCGGAAGCAAGAGUAUUGGACAAAGUAAAUAAUGACGUCGAUAAAGCGUCAAUAAGAAAUAUUGAUGACUACAUAGAAUUACUCUAUGAGGAAUUGCCUGAAAGAAUACGAGGGUCGGCUUAUAUUCUUCAGCUUGCUAGAAAUCCAGACAAUUUAGAGGAAUUGGAGAAAAAUGAGGCAGUAUUGAGCGCUCUGUCGCGUGUCCUUCGCGAAGAUUGGAGGAAAAGCCUUGACCUUACUACAAAUAUAAUUUAUACAUUUUUCUGUUUCUCCACAUACACACAUUUCCAUUCAGUAAUCGUUCAAUAUAAGAUUGGAUCAUUGUGUAUGGACGUCAUUGAGUACGAAUUAAAGCGUUACGAGCAAAUGAAGCAAGAUUUGGAUAAGCGUAAAAAUGUUGAAAACGGUGGAAAGGAUUUGAACAAAAGUCAAGACAAUUUAGAUGGAACAAUCAUGAAUGUUGAGAAACCAAAAGAAAUGGAACCACCGAGAAGAAGAAUUCCAGAACUAAAACAACGCCCAAAGAGUGGAAAUUGGUCAAUGGCAAAUAGUAUGGUAUCAUCAGCCUCAUCGUCGUCUUUAAUGAAAGCCUAUUCAAUGAAUAACAGUUAUCAUGAGGGUCUUUCAAAGGAAUUGCAAACAAAUUCGAAUGGAAAUUCAACAGAAGAUUUGAAAAAUGAUCCAAAACGUCAAAAAGAUGAAAUUGAAAGAUUAAAUAAGCAAUUGAAAACGUUUGCCAAAAAACAAGAACAAUUGUUGCGCGUUGCUUUUUAUCUGCUCCUUAAUAUAGCCGAAAACACGAAAUUAGAGGAGAAAAUGCGUAGAAAGAACAUUAUUAAAAUGCUAGUAAAGGCAUUAGAAAGACAGAAUAUUGAUUUAUUGGUUCUCAUCGUGACAUUCUUAAAAAAGCUAUCAAUCGUGCGAGACAAUAAGGACGAAUUGAAGGAAUUGAAUGUGAUUGAAAAGCUUCCACGACUUCUCCAAAGCUCACAUUCCGAUCUCAUUCAAGCGACAUUAAAAUUAAUCUUCAAUUUAUCAUUUGAUGGACAAUUACGUGCUAAAAUGGUACGAAUUGGAUUGCUACCAAAACUCGUUCAAUUUAUGAGUGAGGAUAAGCAUCAUACGAUAGUCAUUAAAAUUUUGUAUCAUAUGAGUCUCGAUGAUAAAGUGAAGGUCGUUUUCACAUAUACUGAUUGUGUUCCAAUGCUAACCGAUAUGCUCCUAUUAAAUUUGAAUAAAAAAUCCGAUAUUGACCUCAUCGCAUUGGGAAUAAAUUUGGCACUUAACAAGAAAUGUGCACAGAAAAUGUGCGAGAAUAAUCGACUUAAAGAUUUGUUGGAAAGAGCAUUCAAGUAUCGUGAUGCUUUAAUGUUGAAAAUGAUAAGGAACAUCUCAACGCACGAGGAAUUAAGAAAGGAGUUUAUGGAAUUUGUCGAUGAUUUUGCAAAAGCUAUAAACGAAUGUGAUGACGAAGAUUUUUUGGUUGAAUGUAUUGGCAUUCUUGGAAAUAUGUUAUUGCCCGAGUUGGAUUACUCGCAAAUACUUCAAGCACAUGGAUUAAUUCCAUGGAUGAGAAAAACUUUGAUCCCAGGAAAUGCAAAAGACGAUAUUGUACUUGACACUGUGGUUUUUCUAAGUACGUGUGCUACAAAUGAUGAAUUAUGUGCCAUGUUGCUGUGCAAAGCUGAAGUAAUAUUGAGUUUAAUAGAGUUACUAAAAGCGAAACAGGAAGACGACGAAAUGGUGUUGCAAAUUGUUUAUGUUUUCCAGCAAGUACUCAGAAAUGAAAGCACACGUAAUUAUAUUAUAAAAGAAACAGAAGCACCAGCAUAUUUGAUAGAUUUAAUGCACGAUAAAAAUGUAGAAAUACGAAAAGUUUGUGAUUUUUGUUUGGACAUAAUUGCAAUGACAGACUCAAAUUGGGCGAGUAGAAUUAAGUUGGAGAAAUUCAGGAACCAUAAUUCUCAGUGGUUAACGAUGGUUGAAACCCACGAAUCGGACGACAUUCAAGAUUAUGGAGCAGUUGACGACGAAGAUACAGAUUUACCAGUUUAUUUAACAUCUGACUAUUUAACUCAGAUUUAUCAAUCAUCAAAUGAGGAUUCCGUUGACGGUAGAACACCCUCAAAUAGCUCAUUUAGUCGACCGAUUAGUCGUUAUAGCAAGGAUUUUGAGGAUUUUGACAUCCUGAAAAGCUCCCAAUCGCAGGAAAUGAUUGAACCAUUCCCUGUUAAUUAAAUAUUAAUUUAAGGAAAAAUAAUUUGAAUUUUUCUAGUCGAUUCUAAAACAGAAAAUACAUUGGUGUGAUAACAUUUGCAAAGAAAUGUUUAAUUCUCUCUCUAUACUUAUAUCCAUAUUUUUUACUUAAUUUAAAAUACAAAACAAAACAUAGUCAUUAGAACAUUACAUACUCUCUAUUCUAUGCUUUUAAAAUGCUACCUUAUCAGUGAGAUUUUAUGCACAAGCUUCACUUUCAUAGAAUUUAUAAAGAGCUAUCUGUUGCAUUAUAGCUUUAAAACAAAACAAAUUUAAAUCAUAUUUUUAAAUGUAUCACAGCUAACCAAAUGAUAGAAUCAAUGUAACUAUUUAAGUCAUAAAGAUGCAAAUUUUAUGAGAGUUUUGAUCAAAUGGAGACAAUUUGAAAUAAAAAGUC